AUGGAGCAAAACCCUGCGAAAUCUCGUAGUGGGGGGAGUGAAUCAAUAUGGCGGGCCGCGCCUCUCACCAGAAUCGUGACGUCACUCAGAUCUAAAGAAACCCCUGUGGUAAGUUUCGAUCUAUUAUUCUCAGAUGACGAAAGUAGUAAUAAAAAAGAAAAAAAAAAUUUAUUUGAUGAUGGCGACGAGGAUUGUGAUUAUGAUAUUUCGCAGAUAAAAAAGUCUAAGCGUAAAGUCUUGGGGAAUGAUGAAAGAUUUACGAUCGACAAAGAACACCUAAAUGAGGAUGAAGAACAGGAGGAAGACUAUAAACAUGAAGAACCAGUUCAAGAGCAAGAAGAUGAUUUUGCUAAUGAGAAGAAAAAGGAGUUGGAAAUUUUGGAAGCAAUAUUAGGAAAGCCGAUGUUGCCGAAACCAGAAAAUGUUCCUGCUAAGAAAGCGAGUACAAUGGUGCGCUACGACCCGACAGUAGACGAUCACCACAAGCAUGAAAUAAAAACGAGUAAAGAUGAAGCAGAGCCGAAGAAAAAAUCGAAGAAAAAGAAGAAAGAAAUUAAAGCUGAAGCUGAAGCUAAAGAAAAAGCCAAUGAAGCGCCUCAGCUUCCUCCUAUUAAUGAAGAGAUUUUUUACUCAGUAUCGGAUAAAUUAACUGAGAGCUUACAGAAGAAAGAGGAGUUCAGUUUAUUAAAAACCUUUGGAUCUGCUGUGCCUGAGGUUGAGCAAGAGCCGGAAAGAGCCAAGGCGACGGAUAUUCAGCCGCUGAAACUUAAAUAUAAUAUAAAAACAAAAAAUCCGUUCAAAUAUGACUCCUCAGAUGACGAGGAUGGUCCACAGAAAAAUAAAAAAAGUAAUAAAUUUAAUAAUAAUGAAUUUAGUGGCAAAUUUGGACAGCCGAAAAAUUUUUUCUUUGCAAUUAACGAUCCAAGAUUUAAAGAUGCUGAGGAAUUUUUUAAAACAACUUCAACGUCUGAUGAGUCCUUCAAAAAUACCAGGCGUGAGUUAAAACACAUAGUUAGGUCUAAGAUUCGAAACAACGUUCGGAGAAUCCGGCCAUGGAAAACAAAAGUCUCAAGAGUCAGGUCGACAAAGAAGUAA